AUCAAUCUUAUUCUUAUUUUUCAUAAAAUAAAAUCAUUGUAUAAUCAAAAGUGGAUGUAAAACUUAAUUUGGCAGGAAUUGUUGAUUACAGACAAUGAUGAUAUGCAUUUUUUAAUCCAUCAACUUAAUAGAGGAAUAAGUAAUCUGUAGCUCAUAGAAUUAUUCCUACAUAACUACCCAAGUAACUUAACAAUAACAAUAAUAAUAAUAACAAUAAUAAUAACAAUAAUAAUAAUAACAAUAAUAAUAACAAUAAUAAUAAUAAUAAUAAUAAUAAUAAUAAUAAUAAUAAUAAUAAUAAUAAUAAUAAUAAUAAUAAUAAUAAUAAUAAUAACAAUAAUAACAAUAAUAAUAAUAAUAAUAAACACAAUAAUCUCUACCUUAAUAAUAAUAGAACAGAGCUCUACCGCCUCCUCUUACAAAAGGUUCUCCUCCUCUUAGUUUACCUCCACCUCUUCUCUUCCUCUUGAAUAAUUACCACCUUCACCCACUAGGGUGCUAGAUAAUUUAAAUACUUAUAAUCCUUUAGCCUGAUUAAAACCUGUUAGCAAAAACACAGCACCUGAUCAACCAAAACUUGAGAUAAAUCAUAUUAUUAUUUUAAAAUAAUAAAUUGCUUAAAGUUAACAUAAUAUUAUGAUAUUUAUUUAGAUAUUAGGAUAUGAAUAGAUAACCAACUAGAACAAUUUAAACAAUGAGAGUACAUAAAUCAUUUGAUAAAGUAUGGAUGAUA